GUCGAUAAUCAAGUUACUGUCUUGGGACUAUUAACAUUUUUCUAGGUAACUGUUGGCUAUUAAUUUUGAUUUGACGGUUUUAGGACAGAGUACCCAGGGCAGCACUUUCCUUUAAGGUAGUGAAGGGAGGUCACGUUACCAGUGCAGCUGGGCGGUGGUACUUAGAGAAUCUCAACCGUCACUCCUUGACAUCAUCAACAACACACCACUUGGAAUUAUUACGAUAACUACACUCUUUAGAGAGAUUCUAUCUAAUCUAUUCUGUUUUCCGCAGGCAUCACGCCCCACCAACGCCGAAAGCUCACCCCUGAAAGCACUAACUGCUGCCCCUGGCUAGCGCUUCCCCGGAUUUCAAACACGCCAAAGUGGCCUUUUCGUCCCCUCUUCUGCUUUCUUACACCUUGCCAUUGCCAUUCACAGCAAAGGACAGCUUGUCACUAUUCAGAGCUGCAGUCAGCACAACAGGCCACUUCUUUUAAUCUGCCUCCUCUUCUUCCUUUCUUCUCUACCAAUCUAUGAAUUAAGUCCCUCCAGCUGCUACAGCUCAGUAGUACGCCAACCAAGCCAAACAAAUCAAUCCAACAGGAUGGUCCACACGCAAGCUCUUGCCGUCGCGGCAACAGCUCUCCUCGCAGCUCUCCCCGUCAAUGCCGGACUCUAUGGCAAAAACAGCAAAGUCAUCCAGCUCGAUGGCAAGAACUACGACCGCCUGAUCGCUCAAUCCAACUACACCUCCAUUGUCGAGUUCUACGCCCCAUGGUGCGGACACUGCAAGAACCUCCAACCCGCAUACGAGAAGGCAGCGGCGAAUCUACAAGGUCUGGCAAAAGUAGCAGCCAUCGAUUGCGACGAGGAGAUGAACAAGCCCUUCUGCGGCCAGAUGGGUGUACAGGGUUUCCCGACUCUGAAGAUUGUCAAGCCAGGCAAGACACCAGGACGACCUAUCGUUGAACCAUAUGAUGGACCACGAACAGCGAAGGGAAUAGUGGAUGCGGUGAUUGACAAGAUCCCCAACUUGGUGAAGAGAGUGGAUGACAAGACUUUGGAGGCGUGGCUGGCGGAGUCGAAUGAGACCGCCAAGGCGAUCUUGUUCUCGGACAAGGGCAAGACGAGCGCUCUGCUAAAGGCUAUUGCGAUCGAUUUCAAGGGCAGCAUCAACGUUGCGCAGAUUCGGAACACGGACAAGGAGAAGGCGUCAUUGGAAUUAUUCGGCAUCUCGAAGUUCCCCACCCUGCUACUCCUUCCAGGAGGCAAGGAGGCAGAGGGAAUCGUAUACGAUGGAGAGAUGAAGAAGGAGUCCAUGGUAAAGUUCUUGUCUCAAGCAGCAGAACCCAACCAAGACCCCGCACCCGCAAAGGUCAAGGUCAAGUCCAAAUCUAAUGACUCCAAGAAAGCGUCGAAAGCCAAAGUAGAAUUCGAAGCUUCUUCCAAAUCCCAAGCAUCAGCCGAAGGAGAGACCGGUGGCCCAACUGCAACAGACGAGACAAUUAUCGACUCCGCAACCGAAUCUCCCCAACCAGAAGUCGAGUCCGAGAAGCCCGUCGUCCUCCCGGCACCACCGAUCCCCAUCCUUGCCACAGAAGCAGAACUCGAAAGUGAGUGUCUCGGCCCGCGCACAGGGACAUGUAUCCUCGCUCUUCUGCCAUCUUCACCCGAUGAAGUGGCCGCCGCAGCCGUAGGAUCCCUCUCCGAAAUCGCACACAAGCACAAACAGCACGCGCGGAAACUCUUCCCCUUCUACAUCAUCACCGAACACAACACAGGCUUCAAAAAGAUCAAAGAUUCCUUGAAAUUAGGCUCCAGCAUCGAAGUCAUCGCCAUUAACGGCCGUCGCGGAUGGUGGAAGAAGCUGCCUAGUGCAGGGGAGACGGUCGUCGAGGCGGAAGUGAGCGAGGAGACGGUGGAGAACUGGGUUGAUGCUAUUCGGUUGGGUGAGGGUGCGAAGAAGAAGUUGCCGGAGGGCUUGAUCCCUGAGGAGCCUGAGGUGGAGGAGAAGGUUGAGGAGCAGGAGCCGAUUGUGGCGGAGGCGGGGAAGGAGACGACUGUUACGGUUGAGGAGGUUAAGGUUGAGGAGACGAAGGUUGCUGAUGCGGAGGCUCAUGACGAGCUGUAGGUUGUGAUUUGAGUUGAAUGGACGGAGAUAUCGAGGUGUAAAAUACAAUAGCUUUGGAAUCAAAUUCUGAUAGCACUUUCUCAAUUGCACUUUUCGAUCGACCUGAUAUGAGCUUGCCUCUUGGAACGAAGCGUCAAUUCUGCGACGAAGCUGGUGAAGGUUUGGCGGGCUGCUCGCAAGACCUUAGAUAACAUCUCGUAAUAUACCCAUGAUCCUCCGGCCUCUUCAAUAAUAUUGAGCUAGGAGGUAGGUAAGAGACAGCCAAGUACUGACUGACCAUUGAAGGAAUCAAGCUCAUAUGCAGAUUUAUCUAAUGAAAAUCCAUCUCAGUAGUCGAUUGGUUGGGAGAGGUGACACUGAAUCGAAAUGAGAAAG